AUGGCACUUUCGAUAUCUUUCUUUGAAUUUUUAAAUCAUUUGGAUGACUUCUAUCCCGAUUUUGUUAAAGAAUUUUCUUUUGAAUAUGGAAAAACGCCAAUGAGUCAUUGGAUGAUACCAUUCUUUUCACUAGUAGCUUACAUUAUAAUUAUAUAUUCAUUUCAAUAUUUCAUGAAUUACAUGUAUCCAAAAGAAAAUAUCUUUGAAAACACUCGUCCAAAGGGUUUUGAGCUGCGGAACUUUACAUACUUACAUAACCUUUUUCUGUGCUUGCUGAGCAUGUGUAUGGCAACUGGAAAUUUAAUUGAGUCAACUCGGUUAUACAUCAAAAAUGAUUUUUCCUUAGAGUCCAUAUUCUGUGAUCCAAAAUCUAUUACGACGCGUGGUCCUCUCAAUUUCUGGACCUAUAUUUUCUAUUUAUCGAAAUAUUACGAGUUACUAGACACCUUAUUGAUGGUCGCUAAACGAAGACCAUUGUCAUUUCUGCACGUAUACCAUCACAUUGUCACGUUAGCAUUAGUGUAUGUGGCAUUGUGUGACAAAAUGUCACUUCAAUGGGUAGCCGUAGUGACCAACGGAUAUAUUCAUGUAUUAAUGUACUAUUAUUAUUCACAAGCUGCUGUUGGUGUGAACGUGAGUUGGAAGAAAUAUUUAACAAUUUUGCAAAUUGCUCAAUUUGUGAUAGAUCUAGUGGUUCCUCAAAUCUAUCUGUACUAUGUUUAUGUUGCUGAAGUGAAAUGUGGAGGAAGUGAAGAAGUAUUAUGGCUUGGAGUUGCUGUGAUUUUAUCUUUUCUGUUACUAUUUUUACAAUUCUAUGUUUCGACCUAUCGAAAUAAUACGGACAGGAAAAAGAUAUAA